AUGGUGGACACAGAAAACCAGUUUUUCCCCUUAGAGGAGGAUGAUCUCGGAAGCCCCUUAUCUAGAGAGUUCCUACAAGACAUGGAAAACAUACAGGACAUCUCGUCUCUUGGUGAUGAUAGCCCUGGAGCAUUAAGUGUAACAGAGCUCCAGUCUUUGGGAAAUGGUCCAGGAUCUGAUGGAUCAGUCAUUACAGACACCCUUUCACCAGCAUCAAGUCCAUCAUCCAUUAAUUUUGGCACAAUUCCAGGUAGCAUAGAUGAAUCACCUGGUGGAGUAUUAAACAUUGAAUGUAGAAUUUGUGGGGACAAAGCCUCUGGCUUCCAUUAUGGAGUACAUGCUUGUGAAGGUUGUAAGGGAUUUUUUAGGAGAACAAUUCGACUUAAACUCAUCUAUGAUAAAUGUGAUCGUACCUGCAAAAUUCAGAAAAAAAAUCGUAAUAAGUGCCAAUACUGUCGUUUUCAAAAGUGCCUUUCAGUUGGAAUGUCACAUAAUGCAAUUCGUUUUGGACGAAUGCCAAGGUCUGAGAAGGCAAAGUUGAAAGCAGAAAUUCUAACAGGUGAACAAGAUGUGGAAGAUUCAGAAAUGGCAGAUCUUAAAUCUCUAGCCAAGAGAAUCUAUGAGGCCUAUCUGAAAAACUUCAAUAUGAACAAGGUCAAGGCUAGAGUCAUCCUCGCAGGGAAAACCAAUAACAAUCCACCAUUUGUUAUACAUGACAUGGAAACACUCUGUAUGGCAGAGAAGACUCUGGUGGCAAAACUGGUAGCCAAUGGAAUCCAGAACAAGGAAGCAGAAGUUCGAAUCUUCCAUUGUUGCCAGUGUACAUCUGUAGAGACUGUAACAGAACUUACUGAAUUUGCCAAAUCUAUUCCUGGCUUCUCAAAUCUUGAUUUGAAUGAUCAGGUGACUCUGUUAAAAUAUGGAGUUUAUGAAGCCAUUUUUGCCAUGCUAGCUUCUGUAAUGAACAAAGAUGGGAUGCUGGUAGCCUAUGGAAACGGCUUUAUAACUCGAGAGUUCCUGAAAAGCCUAAGAAAGCCAUUUUGUGAUAUUAUGGAGCCGAAGUUUGAUUUUGCAAUGAAAUUCAAUGCACUGGAGCUGGAUGAUAGUGACAUAUCGCUUUUUGUAGCUGCUAUCAUUUGCUGUGGAGAUCGUCCUGGUCUUGUAAAUGUAGAAUACAUUGAAAAGAUGCAGGAGGGCAUUGUGCAUGUACUAAAACUUCACUUGCAAAACAACCAUCCUGAUGACAUCUUCCUCUUCCCAAAACUCCUCCAGAAAAUGGCUGACCUCCGACAGCUCGUCACAGAGCAUGCUCAGCUUGUUCAGAUAAUCAAAAAGACUGAAUCUGAUGCACUCUUGCAUCCUUUAUUACAAGAAAUCUACAGCGAUAUGUAUUAAGGGUUUUUUGUAUUUUUUUCCACGGUAUUUAAAACCAAGAGCAAUAUUAAUAAUAGAUGGGAGAAAAAUUACAUUGUACAGUUGUCUGCUGUGCUGAAUUCCAGAACAUGAAAAAUCUAAAUUGUAGAUAACUGGAAUGUCACACUUCUUUUGUCGUGGGUUCUUUAAGUACUUUAUAGAAAUUACGUAGUGCUCAUGAAUUUGCUCAUAAGCAGCUUUGGUUAGUUUGAAAUUUGAGGGUUAGCGAGAAUGUGUAUGUACUGAACAAGUAGAUGUUUUUAACAAAUCUGAAUCUGUUAACUAACAAAUAGACCUUGAUUGAUCAAAAUUAUAUUCUGCAUUGGGCUAGUCAUUAAGCAUUAAUUUACCAGAUAGGGCAAAAUUUGUUCAGUAUAUGUGCACUAUCGUCUAUAGAUUAUGUACUCUUGGUUUAAAUACUCUCCUGUUCAUUAUUGACAACCAACUAGCACGUUCAGAUUUUUUCUCAAACAAUAGUCAGGCUAGAUGUAUCAAGUGGCUGGGUAUAACUAUACAUGCACAGGUAUAUUUAUUUGGAAGAUAUUUACUUUGUUGCUGUCUGAAUUAUGAGAGGAAUGGUACUACUUAAUUAACUUUAGGAUUAGCCUUUUAAAAAGAGUCUUUAAAAAGAAAUUAAAGGAUUAUCAUAGUGUAACUCACAUAAUCAAUUCCCUGCCACUGCGGGAGCCUUGGGCACUGGUGCAUCUUGGUCCCUUCUAUUCUCUGCCUAUGGCACGUAAUAGUCUAGUCUCCCACGGGAGGUAAUACCCGAUGAUCAAAAUUAGACCAACCAAAGUAUCAGUGUGUGGAUCCUGGGUUGUGCUGGUGUUCUCUGAUAUACAGGAGGUCAGACUAGUUGAUCUAGUGGUCCUUUCUGGCUGUAAACUGUAAGACUCUAUAAAAUACGUCAAAGAUAUCUUAGCAAGAUGCUUGUUAGUGAAUUGUACUUUAUAAUGGGGGAAUGCUUUUUCAAAAGUGUUCUAUUGAAACUAGGCGAAAGUCCCUUUUGGGUGGAGAUGUAAUAUAUUGUGUGCAUCUUAGAGAAGUCUUAAUUGCUGAAGAUGAAAUUUUUACUUUAAAUGCCAUUUUGAAUUAGCAGGACUUGAGGAGUCACUCAGAAGUCUGAUUCUUGCCCCAAGGAAGCUGAAUUCCAGAUCUUCAGAAUACAAUAGCUUCAGGUGGUGGUCUGUUCUGAAAAAUGAUUGUAUAAACAUGGCCCCUUUAUUCUCAACAGAUCUGCACCCAAUAUGUAUUCAAAGUCAUACAUAUUUACUGUUCUGAUAAAAAUAUUAAUUUACA